UCGUUGGCUGUAUUUGUAGUUUUUUGCGUUCUGGUUAGGGUUUCUCAGGAUAGUGCGUCUGUCGAUUACCACUCUCGACUCCUCCACUCCGGCUACACUUUGCCAUCUCGUUAAAGUGCUGUUUCGUGGAUUGCGUGCUAAAUCCGUUUCCGAAGGCCGUUGCCGCGACCACCAAUCCCGUGGAAAGUGCCUUACUAAUGGGGAGCUUAGCUCCUUAUUCGAAUAGGCAAGUAGCGCUAGGAGCAUUCCCUCGUUUAAAUCACGGGUUGCCAGCUACUAAGAGCGUGGUCCAUGCUAGCACGGGACAUGUCAGAGGCGAGAGCGCGGAGGAGUGGAGCGGUGUGUUCGCAGCUGAUUCCCGAAGGCGAGUUUGGCCCAAUGGCGCGGAGGUUGACAACCAGAACUCGAUGGUAUGGAUGCCGAACGAGUUCACAGGAGCGCAGCCAGCGCUCGGCGACGCGGAGCUCCUAGGAAUCGACGAUCCGUCCGCCAUGUCCGCUCACGAACGACCUUAUUUUCGGUACACCACCGCAUCAGCGCAGGACGCAACUGCAGCAGCAGGAGCGGCAGCAACAGCACCAAAUGCGGAACCUUACGCUAUGGUUAAGGCUCGCGAGUCCAGCCCAGCCCAUUUCGCCAUUCGCCAUUCCCCUGUCGUCAGUGAAUCAGCCCCAGCAGCAGCGGCCGAUUCUUCAAGAUACAACCCGGAUGCUCUCCGUCUCCUUUCCGAAACCCUAGCUCCGCUAAUCAACGCAUCUAGCUCCCCAGGGACCUCUCUUUCAUUAACUCCAGCCUCCGCCUCUAGCUCCUCAGCCGGACCGAACGUCGUCCCAAGCAGCCAUGGCGGCUCGGCGGGAGGGGCCGUGGGGGAAGAGCGGGUGGGAGAAAACGCGUUCAGGGAAGGAGAUUCGAGACAGGAAGGUGUGCUGCCUUCGGGAAUGGGUGUGGGGGUCCUGAAGCUGACGUGGUCGUGGGAGGAAUGGAUCCUGGGUCUCGGGAUCGGCGCUGCGGCGAUUGGCUUCGCUGUGACGCUCGUCACCAGCGCGACUGGCGCGAGGCUCGGACCGGGACGCAAUAUGUCCGCUGUUAUGGCUCCUGCCGGGAGCGCUGUUGGCGGGGGUGCUGUUAGCGAGGCUGCUGCUAGCGGGUCGGUUCUUAGCGGGGAUCUUCUGGCGGGAGGCGGUGGGGCAGCAGCGGCCGGCAAGGGGGACGCGCGAGGAGGGAGUCUAAAUGAAGGAUCCAUGGCGCCAGUGAUGGUAUUGGGGGAGGAGCAAGGCGUGGGGGUCGGAGGGGCACAGGGGAAGAAUGUCCCGUUCUACCUGAGGGAGGCGAAGCCUGGAGUGAUCGAGCUCUCUGCUACCACUCUGCCUCAUGUGCUUCGACUCAGGCCCACGCUCGUGAUGUUCUAUGCGCCGUGGUGCCCCUACUGCCAGCGCAUGGAGGGCGCGUGGGCGGCUCUGGCUGAGAAGUUGCACCAGGAGGGCUUCAACGUGCAGGUGGCACGGGUGGACGCGUACCGGUAUCCAGAGCUGACAGACAAGUACAAGAUCCCGGGCUUUCCCACGCUCAUGCUGUUCAACGGGGAGCGGCCCAUGGCCACGCACAGGGGCAGGCGCAGCCUGGAGGCCCUGUUUACGUUUGUCGAGAAACACUUCUGAUGCCUUUGGGGGGAGGAGGAAGGGAGGGGAUGGGGGGGAGGAAUGAGGGGCGCAGCUACAGAGGAGAUUCUACGGGGAGCGGCCCAUCGCCAUGCACAGGGGGAGGCGCAGCCUGGAGGCCCCGUUUACUUCAGUCGAGAAACACUUUUGACUGUGGUGGGGUGAAGGAAGGGGGGAGAGCAGAGCACGAGUGGGAAGGAUGCCACGUCACGGGGGGUAGAGAAGACUUGAUUUUAGCACCAGGCUGGGCUUGCUGCUGCUGCAUUUUGUUGCUGUCUUCACAGGAGGUCUGCCGAGUAUGCAUGGUAGUGUUUUAUUGUAAGUGGACUAGUAGGGCAUGUAGUGUAGACUUUACAGUAGGUAUGCAGCAUCACCGUAGGCAACUUCUUUAGAAAAAGGCCCAUAUUGUCUGUAGAGCUGAUGCUGUGGACUUAGCUAGGGUAGAAUAUAAUGUGUAUAAUGCUGCAGAAUACGUAUUUAUAUGGUAUGUUUGUAUGCUAGGACUGGCUUUGAUGUACUGUGUAUGGCAU